AUGAGCCGGAGAGGCGCAGGAUUGAGGACUGUGUUGAGAACGGCGCCGGCGAAGGCUAUUGAGAAUCUAGACCAUGCAAAUGAUGAUGCAAUUAUCAAGCCAGCGGGGUGUCCCUCCCACCCCUGUACUGGCCUGGGUACUAGUGCCAUUCGCGUCGAGUAUGUGCUUUCCAAGUACGAAACGACGAUUCCUUGCAUCGUCAUCACCAACAGCUAUCAGAGCGGCAAUAAGAAACCGGAGAAGGAGCACAUUGACAAGUUGCGAGAUUACUUUGGGUUCGGGAGGAAGGAAGAGGGGAAGAUUGAGCCAUACGACGGACCAGAUCCCUUGUGGUGGUUGGAUAGCCGUUGGUGUCACUGGCAAUGGUACAAUUCGUUUCGCCGUGUUUGA